CUACAGUCGCGAGACUCGCGAGGCGACGCGGCCGAAAUGACGCCGCGCGACAGCCGAAUACGAUAAAUUUUUUUCGUUUCCCACACUUCAUUAGAGAGGACUCGCAAGACGAUUGCGAGAAGCCCUUAUAACUAUAAUCGUUGCAUUAUUUCUCGGGACAUCAAACGCGUACAUUUGUUACGGUAGCUAAUGAUCGAAUAAUUUUCGUGACGGGAUGUAAGGACGCGGAGAAAAUGUGCAAGACGUUAACGAAGCAGCUCUCAACUUCUGCGUGUGCGUGAAAUGGUGGAACGUAAAAUGGUACAUGUCGGUUUAAUGGGACAUCGCAGUGGCUUUAGUUGGUACAUAACAUGGCGAACGUAACGAAUGCUUACCCUAGAUACGAGCGAAUAGAGAACUUGAAGAAUCAGAUCAUGACGACAAACCUGUGGGUUGAACAGUCAUGGUACGACUACAAACUGCGAUGGGAGCCGAAGGAGUACGGCGGAGUUAGCAUGUUGCACGUGCCGUCCGAUCACAUAUGGCGGCCCGACAUAGUGCUCUACAACAACGCGGACGGCAACUUCGAGGUGACCUUGGCCACGAAGGCCACGAUCUACCAUCAAGGAUUGGUCGAGUGGAAGCCGCCGGCCAUAUAUAAGUCAUCCUGCGAGAUCGACGUGGAGUACUUCCCAUUCGACGAGCAGACCUGCGUCCUCAAGUUCGGUUCGUGGACCUAUGACGGCUUCAAGGUCGAUCUAAGACACAUGGACGAAAAAUCAGGGAGCAACGUGGUGGACGUGGGAGUUGACCUGUCCGAAUUCUACAUGUCGGUAGAAUGGGAUAUUUUAGAAGUGCCUGCAGUUCGGAACGAGAAGUUUUACACUUGCUGCGACGAGCCCUACUUGGACAUCACGUUCAACAUCACGAUGAGGAGGAAAACCCUCUUCUACACAGUGAACAUUAUCAUCCCCUGUAUGGGGAUAUCGUUUCUCACGGUUCUCACGUUUUACCUGCCCAGCGACAGCGGUGAAAAGGUAACGCUCUCCAUCUCGAUUCUCAUCAGUCUGCACGUGUUCUUUCUGCUGGUCGUCGAGAUCAUCCCGCCAACAUCGCUGGUUGUGCCGCUGCUUGGAAAGUACCUGAUAUUCGCCAUGAUACUCGUCUCGAUAAGUAUAUGUGUUACCGUGGUCGUCCUCAACGUUCACUUCCGUUCACCACAAACGCACAAAAUGGCACCCUGGGUGAAAAGAGUUUUCAUACACAUUCUUCCGCGACUGCUAGUCAUGAGGAGGCCUCAAUAUAAAUUUGAAAGCAGGUUCACUUCCAGCAGAGUGUUAAUGAGGACCGUCAGAGGAAAAGAGAAGACUUGCUAUUAUCCUUAUCAUCCGUCGACUCAGGAAGACAGCGAAGAACAUCUCACACCCAAGAGAUUCCACAGCCGUCCUCCGUCAAAGGAAGACCUCUCGCCUUCCAGCCUUACAGACGGUGCGAGGUUCGGUGGCAGCUGCUUGAUUCAUGGCCCCCCUUUACCACCGUUACACUCCGAGUGCGAGGAUCUCUCGGUCUCCGGGGACGCAGGCAUAGAGGAAGUCAAGAGCCCCGUGCUGCGGAGCCCGCCCGCUUUUUCGCACUCCCGUUGUCCGCCGGAGGUGCACAGGUCCUGCAUCUGCGUGCGCUUCAUUGCGGAGCACACCAAAAUGCUCGAGGACUCGACUAAGGUAAAGGAGGACUGGAAGUACGUGGCGAUGGUGCUGGAUCGCCUGUUCCUCUGGAUCUUCACUCUGGCGGUUCUGGUGGGCACGGCGGGCAUCAUUCUGCAAGCGCCCACUCUCUACGACGAUCGGGUGCCCAUUGACAAGAAGUUCAGCGAAUUCGCGACCACGACGGUGGUGAGGUGUCCGCCCCAGUAGUCCAUGCCCGAGCCCUGCACCGUAGAGAAAGACUAAGGACCAAGACGCCCCGGGACCUGGUCUUAGGAGUUGUCCGCAACCUCCAUCUCCUUAUCCUCAAUGAACGAAAUUACGGCAAAAGGGCUCCGAUUUUGCAAAGAGUGUAACCGAAAGGUAUAACGAAUGGCGAUUUCAAAGACGACGAGCUGGACGCUAAGCUCCUUCUUUGAGAAAAGGGACGAAAAUCGGACGAGCGAAAUGAAGACGUCGUCUGUCUGGAGAAAUAGUGUGCCGGUUGAUAGAAGGGUGGGGGAGUCGCCUCGAGAAAGGAGACGAUGUACGUCGUUACGAAAUCUCGAAGCGAGAAAGAACUCGGGGCGACGUCGUCGCCUGGACAAAUUGCGCGCGCACGGUGCCUCUCCCAAAUAGGGGACGGCGGCGUCGCUCGCACGAUGGGCGCGAGAUUCGCAAGGAGAUUUUACCGUAUACACCUACAUAGUCUGCUCAAGUAAAUCGUAAUACGAAGCUGCCACUAUUUAAUCGAAUAACACACAUCAGGCUGACGGACGAUUACGGUGUAAACACUUGUAUAUUAGUCUAAUUUUAACGUCCCCGGGAAUAAUUAAGGGACUGAAAACCGCGACGAUCGAGCUUCCGAUCUCUCCGCCUGUCGUUCGUCUAAAAUGCGCGCGCGCGGACGGGCAUUGAGUUAUCGUGCGAAUAGGACUCGGAAUAAUAGAGAGGCCCGACGUGAGUUAGGAACUAACGCGAAGUUAAUUAAUAUCAUAUUUCAGUCUACGUUGUAGAUUUAUGAUCUAGAACGUGACAGCCAAUACAAAAGGUAGCUUUGAUCGUUCGAUGACGUCGCGAUGCGGUUGUAUUUCUGCAGGCGUCUUGCGCACACACGUUUUACGAUGAAGAAUCAACGCCGCGCAAAGGCUUUUUCUUUAUGAAUGUUUUUUACAUUAAAACGCGAUAUAUCGAUGAUUCCACAUAUAGCUUGUCGCCGCGUGUGCAGUUUACCGAAGCUUGGAGCUUGCGAGCUUACAAUAAGAAGCGAACGAGAGGCUGCAGUACGAUGACCACCGCAGUGCGAUGACAGCAAUCCGUACGCGAACAAUACUACGUUCGAGUGACGUAAGUUUCACCGGAGCGUUUUGCUCUUUGCAACGCGGGCCGGGAAUCGCUCGCAUUACGCGAAAUUAAUUAGGUAAUGGACGCGUAGCUAGCUCGUCGUAUACAGACCUUAGGGCGUAACCUUACUCGAAGUGUAUAACCAACUGAUAAUUUUAGAAACGUAACCGUUUAUACGAGCAUAUAUAUAUAUAAAUAUAUAAAUAUAUAUUUAAAAGCGACGGACGAGCCGACGGCGCGUCGGUAGCGCGAAGUACUGUUCAACUGUGUAAGUACUGACCUAAACACUUAAUUAACAAUCAAACCAAUCUUCCUUUUUAAUAAUCUUUCUACUAUCAAUUACUAUAUACUUCCACCAAAUUAAUUUCUUUCUGCGACUUUGUCAGAAGUCACUCAAUCAUCUGUCACUCUCUUAUCUCUCGUUCAACGUCUUCUCGUGAUCUCUUUCCUUUUUCCGAUGAAGGAUGUAAAUAUCUUUAUUCAUACGUGAAAUUAUUCUCAUUUCCCGUUUCUCUUCGCUGUCCUUUUCGUGAAGAAGGGAACGCACGUAUAUCUCGCGUCGCCGGCGCAUCUCGCGUUACCUCGUCCCCAAUAAGAGUAUAUUGUAUUUUGUAAACGAGAAGCGUGAAACAGCGUGGGAGUAAAUGAUAAAGAAUAACCGAUAGUACGGUAAGAACAAGUAAAGCAUACGAAUUCUAAAGCUGAUAGUUGUAGGGAAUUGAACAACCACAUUGACGCCGUUGUUCAAUACCGUAGUUCGUGGUCGUUGUCACUGUGAGUCGUCAUUCAUUGUUUCCGUCCCUCCCCCCUCUUUUUUUCAUUUCCUUUUUUCAUAGGCACAGUUAACGCGUCAUGUACGAUACUUGUGUCAUUGUGUGAUGUAAACGAUCGCCCGUCGCGAAUCGCCCGCGUGCGGAAACCGCGUUACUCGCGAGAGGUGUGAAUUAUCAACGUCGGAGAAACUUUGGAUCCUCUUCCUCCGUCGAUUUUUCGAGAAAUUCGCGAGAUGGACUUUUUCUGUAAUAAAUCAAUAUACGAAUAUAAUUCAUUACAAAAUUGAUAAGGCCACUGAGUAACGUGCUAUUAAUUUAUACACCAUGUUGAAGCUUCCAUUAACUUAAGCGCGAAAGAACUUAACCGACUAACUAUAUUCCUUAGAUUGAAGUAAAUAUCCAGUUUUAUUCUACAUAUACCGAUAUGCUUCUUACAUGUAUGGAAAAAGCAGAAAAAAAAUUGAUUUGUCCCUUUCGAUGAGGCAAGAGGAUUCACGAUCGACUUUGCCGAUAGCCUUUCAAGUCGACGAUCGAUACUCGCGUCGACGUACCCGAUUCUCCGACGUUCUUAGGAAACUCUUAGCCGUAACUAACGAGUAAUAAUAAUUUUCGCGCAUUUCUAGACAUAAUAUUGUAGCACGUUGGACUGUAAAUAUAUAUAUAUAUAU